AUGGACCCUCCGCUGGAUCUUCACAUCACAAAGUGGCCCAACUCCAAUGAUGACUGCUGGGGCCUCAUCGAGAAGCUCUGGGCAGUUGCUUCUCCUUCGACCAUCCCAGACAAGCACAUUGACUUAUCGGCCUAUUCUACCUAUCAUAAAGAGCAAUGUCUCCAUGCUCUCAUUGACGGCUCUAUUCAUGUACUGGUCGAGAAACAUGGUAACAUAGUCGAGAUUGCCAAACGAAUUGCCGAAGACAGAUCGAGAGACGAUAUCAGGACGUUCCUGAGCUCAAAGCUGAAGGAUCCCAGGCCAGACAACGAGAUUCGCGCGAUUGAUAGUUCGAUCGACCUUACUGCAAGACUGAUCUCAAUGAUGGAGUUGGAGAGCUGCAAUAUGCUUUCUCAGGCCGCAAAGUUCAGCACACCUGUCGUUCUGGGCCAUGAUGUUAAAUUGGAGAAAAUGUUCAAUGGGCGCAACUUGGGCCGGAUUGCGGGUAUCGAAAUCGUAUGGACCGAUAAUCUGGCCGAUCACUUGCGCAUGUCCAAUGAAGAUAGAGAAGUGGCCAUCUUCCAUCAUGCAUCGUUCUUGAAACAUCAGCAAUGGUCGCUAUUUCCAGCCGGGCUCAUAGACGACACACUGCAAACCUUGGCGCUUCUAUUUCCAGAAGCAGACGAUGACACUACACGCUGGUUCAAUCGCCAGCCAACAACACUGAAUAUCGAUCGUCAUUUGAUCAAGUGCGGGAAGUUGAAGGGGAACGAGCGCCAGAUCGAAAGAUUCACAUUCUGGCAUGACCGUCUCGUGGUCUUGAAGCAGACGUUUGAUGAAUCACGUCCGACUACGCUGUCUCAAUGGUGGUGUGACAGGCGCAAUGGCGUGCAAUGGUAUACCUUCUGGGUUGCAAUACUUGUAUUGUUGUUGACGGUGUUCUUCGGCCUGAUCCAAUGCCUCGAGGGAGCUCUGCAGGUUUACAAAGCGUAUCAUCCGUCGUGAACGCUCCAUGUUUGCAAGGCGGGAUGAGAAGAGGUACCAUUGAAAUGUACGAGAGGCAUAAAAAGUUGAGGGUUUCGAGCAAUCAGGAAAGAAGGACGCAUGCUCCGGUAUUUGAACAC